AGCUGUCAGGCAGCGGUUGCAUCGUGUCCAGCGGUUCCAGUAACGGCUUUAACUAAUUUCUGCCUCCUCCAGCAGAUCGACCCCUUCUUAAUCCAUUCCGUAUUUCUAAACCCCCAAAAUCUCCCCACUUCUCUCAGAGUUGUGGUUGGGAGUUCAUGUCUGGCUAGGGGGGAAACGAAUUCGGCCACAUCUCCGGGUCGAUCCACUAGAGGAUUUGCGGUGUGUGGGAGAGGCCCAUGGAGGUGCACAACGAGGUAGAUGGAUCAGGUGUACCCCUGGCCGUGCUCCUCAAGCGAGAGCUGUGCAACCAGAAGGUGGAGAAGCCGGAUAUCCUGUUUGGGGAGGCGAGCAAGAGCAAGAAAGGGGAGGACUUCACGCUUCUCGUGGCCAAUUGCCACCGCACUCCAGGCGAGGGCCCCGGUGACAAUGCAGGCGGCGAUGACACCAUCUCGAUGUUUGUGAUUGUUGAUGGCCACAACGGACCUGCGGCUGCAGUAUACACUAGGGAGAAUCUCCCAAACAAUGUGUUAGCUGCUAUUCCUCCAAAUCUUACAAGUGAGGAGUGGACAGCGGCAUUGCCAAGGGCACUAGUUGCAGGUUUUGUUAAAACAGAUAAAGACUUCCAAACAAAAGCUGCACGUUCAGGAACCACGGUAACUUUUGUUAUAAUAGAUGGAUGGGUUGUCACUGUAGCAUCAGUUGGUGAUUCGCGUUGUAUUCUAGAAUCUGCUGAAGGUUCAGUUUACUUCUUGUCUGCUGAUCACCGCCUGGAUGUCAAUGAGGAGGAGGUGGAGCGUGUAACAGCAAGUGGUGGUGAGGUUGGGAGAAUAAAUAUUGCUGGAGGUGCUGGGAUCGGUCCACUAAGAUGUUGGCCAGGCGGAUUGUGUUUGUCAAGGUCAAUUGGUGAUACCGACGUUGGAGAAUACAUAGUUCCUGUCCCCCAUGUGAAGCAAGUAAAGCUAUCCAAUGCCGGAGGGCGGCUUGUCAUUGCUAGUGAUGGUGUGUGGGAUGCACUGCACUUUCAAGAAGCCCUGAACUACACCAGGGGGCUACCAGCUGAAGCUGCUGUGAAUCGAAUUGUUAAAGAAGCUGUGAGCUCAAAAGGACUACGAGAUGAUACUACCUGCAUAGUAGUCGACAUAUUACCUCCAGAAAAGCUAAGCCCUCCAUUGAAGAGGCAUGGGAAAGGAGGCAUCAAAGCAUUAUUCCGAUGGAGGCCCUCAGACGAAUUAUCUGAAGAACAGACAGACAAUGGGUGUUUUGAACCUGAUGUUGUAGAGGAACUAUACGAAGAGGGGUCCGCAAUGCUUGCUCAAAGAUGUAGGUGAAUGUGUCAACUUAUUCAGGAGAGCUCACGAUCAGAUCAGCCUAUCGUCGUUUCUUCUUAGGGGCUGUUGAUUUUGAGCCAUGGAAGGAAUUUAGCAAACUUGGGCUCCACCUCGUUGCAAAAUUUUCAUUUAGCUGGCCUCUCUAAAUCGAUGUUGGACUGCUGAUCGAUUGGCUCGUCGAGGUCUUGACCACCCUGAAAAAUGUGUGCUCUAUGACCAGGAGGAAACCAUAUAACAAUUGCUCACUGCAUGCGUGUUCUCUAGAGAAGUUCGGUUCUCUGUGCUGUCCUUGGUUGGGUUACACAGCACACUCCAAGGCCAAACGAUCUUGCGUUUACUGAUUGGUGGCGCCAAGCAAGGCAGCAAGUGGUUCGACAACACCGCAAGGGUUUCGAUUCUUUAGUUGUGUUGGUAGCUUGGUGGAUUUGGAAGCAUAGGUAUGGAUGUGUUUUUGAGGGGGCUCUUCCUAGUCUUAGUUUAAUUAUGCAGAACCUUAGGGAUGGGGCCCAUUUGUGGUGUAUGGCCGGGGCCAAAGGGCUGCGGGGGACUUGGCCAUAGGUUGUGUGGUUUAGGGCCGUGGUCGAAGUAGUUUCUUUCUUUCUUUCUCGGUGAUCCUGUGUAUUUAAACGCUGCCCCAUUGGGCUUGUAAGAGUCUUAUUAGACUCCUUUCUUUCUUAAUAUAAUGAUGCACAGCUCUCCUGUGCAUUGGAGAAAAAAAAUGUGUCAGUUUAUUUGGUUAUUCUCCUGAAACAAGGAAUCUCUUCCUUGUAUUAAGUUCAUGUAUCUACCCCAAAUUGAACAAUUGUUUUCUCCUUAUUCAUUUUAAAUCAUAUAUACUUGAUGACUAUUUUCCGCUAUUAAGAUUUC